GGACUUUCACAUUGUUUUUAACCAGUCAGACUGACAGACUGAUCAGAGACACUACAGCACCAAGCCUAAUCAUUUUCAAAAUGGGUGAUAGUCCUCUUCUUGUGAAUGUGGAAAACUGGAUUGCAGGGAAUCAGAAUGCUUUUCUGCCACCGGUGUGCAACAAGCUCAUGCACUUUCUCCAGUUGAAUAUCAUGUUUGUUGGAGGUCCCAAUACCAGGAAGGAUUAUCAUAUUGAGGAAGGAGAGGAGUUGUUCUACCAGCUGAGGGGAGACAUGUGUCUGAAGGUGAUUGAAAAUGGCAAACACAAGGAUGUGCACAUCAGAGAGGGAGAGAUGUUCCUGCUGCCAGCUCGGAUCCCCCACUCCCCACAGAGACAGGCCAACACUGUGGGACUGGUGGUGGAGAGGAGACGGCUGCUGACUGAGACGGACUGUCUGAGGUACUAUGUGGACAACACCACUAAUAUCCUAUUUGAGAAAUGGUUUUACUGUGAGAAUCUAGGAACCCAGCUGGUACCAAUAAUCAAAGAGUUCAUGGCAUCAAAGCAGUGUAAAACAGGGAAACCAGAUCCAAAUGAAGUCUUGAGAGAGCCUCCGUUUCAGAUGAACACCAUGAACGUCAUGUCACCUUUCUCCUUCAAAGACUGGCUGGACAAACAGAGGCCAUCGUUGGCCAGUGGCAGGCCCAUUGACAUGUUUGGAGCUCAGUUUGAGACAGAGGCAAUGGUGUUUGGACCUGGGCUGACAGAAAUGACAGUGCGGCAGAGCGAUGUGUGGAUAUGGCAGCUGGAGGGAUCCUCAAGAGUAACUAUGAAUGAGCAGGAGUACAGUCUUUCUGCAGGAGACAGCUUACUCAUUCCUGAACAGAGCCAAUACCAGUGGCAGAGAGAUGAAAGCACUGUUGCCUUGUUUGUGGUUCAGAACCCUGAGCGAAAGAGACCGUGACCAUGUUUUUCACAAACACACAUUAAAUAUACAUUAUACUGUAUAUCUGGGGAGGAGAACCCCUAUUCAAGUGACAUGGCACGUACUUCUAUAUCUGUCUACGUAAGUGCAGUAAUGUAGUAGAUUGUGAAUCAUCACAUAUAAUAAGGUAAAUCAUGCACUCACAUGUGUUAUAAGCAUCUGUUAUGUGUUAAUGAAAGUGCACGCACUUUCAGUAUUAAUUUUUCAGUAUUCAUUUUUCAGUAUUAAUGAACAUAUGAGGUUAUUGAAGCUGUAGCUUGUGCUUUGCUGUGGUUACAUACAGUAAAUACAUUUUAUUAUAUCAUGUAAUUUUAUGUCAACAUCACUGUUGUUGAGAGAAAACAAAGGCAUAAAUGUCUGUAGAAAUAAAACUGAUGACAGUUAAUGUAAAUUAAUACUUAGCUUCUUCUUUUUUCCCUCUACUGCAGUGGCUAUGCAUUCCAUUAAUUUACCCACAACUAGAUCAAAGUAUCCUCCACUCCAAUUGCCUUGUGAACUGUGAUACAGCUUCUAUAGGGAGGGGGAGUAGGGACUUUUCCAGAGAAACCCAGAGCUGACUGGGCAUGACUUUAAUAGCAGCUGUGGCUAUGACAGUUAAACUUCUUUUUUUACCAAUAAAAAUGUCUUCCAGUAA